AUGGGAAAGCUCAUCAAGAACCACUGGGCCCGGCUCAUCAUCCUCAGUGCCGCAGCCUACCAAGUUAUAGCUGCCAUCGAGUGCUUCUUCUAUCCCAAGAUCUUCUGGGACUUCCUUACACGCUCCCUAGACGGCGCAGUAAGACCUGUACCAGCUUUGCAGAUAAUAAACCUGAUUCUGGGACUGGGCAUGCUAUGUCUUGAAUGGCCUCUCAAUUUCGUCGCUGGCACGGCUUUCCAUCGCUCGUUGGAAUUGCGUCUGGCGAUCAUUCCACUCACGGCACUUAGUGCUGCUCUCAUCUACCAAGGCACAAAUUCCGCCAUCUACUACCUCAUCGGCAUGGUUGUCUAUUUCUGGGGUUACAGCGAAGGAGAGAUGAUAUGUGCAAAGCCAUGGACACUACCUACCCGUGGACGCAGUGGCGGCCCAUCUCGUGCAUAG